UCUAUGAUGUCUAAACUAAAAUACGAAAUACGAAUGUGUACGAUAAUUAUAUAAAACUUUUAAAGUAAUACUGAUUGUCCAGUUUUGGGUAACUCAUAAGACUUGUAUAUUUAAUAUUCUCAUUUUACAAUAUUGUAAGAUAAUAUGCCAGAAAAUAGGCAUCAGCUGAUAAUGUGCAGGUUAUGAAAGUUACAAUUAUUUGUAGUCCCUUCAAAACAAUGCCGUUCUUAAAAGUUGUUGGCAAAACUUGUGGUUUUAUAGGCUAUGUGUUCCAAUAUGCUUGUAUUACACAUUGCACGUUUGAAUAUAUAGGAGAUUUCGUCAUGUGUUCAGGCCCAUCAAUGGAGCCUACUUUAAAAUCAAACAAUAUAUUACUCACAGAACACAUAACUCCGAGAUUUCAAAGGCUACGUCGAGGUGAUAUAGUCAUUGCGAAAAGUCCUACCAAUCCUAAACAGAACAUCUGCAAAAGAGUAACAGGACUUCCCGGAGAUAAAAUGAGGGCUCAAUUUCCAAGGAGAAGCCAAGUCGUGCCAAGGGGGCAUGUAUGGUUAGAGGGUGACAAUUCAAGCAACUCAUCUGACUCUCGGCACUAUGGACCGGUGCCUCAGGGCUUGAUUAGAAGUAGAGUAUUGUGCAGAGUUUGGCCCUUAGACAAAAUCUCAUCCUUGACUGACAUUUAAUUGAUUUACCACAUAUUUAUCUCAAAUUGUAUUUGUUAAUAAAUAGCAGACAAGUAUGCUCCAAGUUGGAUUUAUUAUUGCGGUGCGGAAAUCAAUUUGAUUAUUUAGGUAAAUAUUUUUUGCCAAAGAAUCUAAUAAAUCCAGUACAUUAGGAAAUUGUUAUUUGAAAAUGUUAAAAAAUACAUAUACAUACAUGUCUUAGGUUCCAAGGCCACAAAGAAUACCCUUCAUUUAUAUUAUGUAUUAUACUUAGCCUCCUGAGACUAAAUGUACAUUACAAUGUACAUAUUCGUGCAACCUAAUUUGAACCUUUCAUGAACCAAAUAAAGUAGCAUUUCUUUUGUUGCAUUGCUUUUUAAAAAAACGAGCCUUAUCCAAGCCCUUGGGGCCUCUACACACCUUGCGAUAAUUGCAUGCGAUUUUAUAUUGCCGGUUGAGUUACGGGUAGUGCAAAUUUUAUAAGGUGUAGUGAUACCUAGUUAAGCGCGCGGUUGUUUUACGCAUGCGUCAACGGAAUGUAGGAAAAAUACCAAUGCGCUUACCACGUAAAACAAUGUAGUGUGUGAUGUAGGGAAUGCUCCCAGUACUGAGUUUGUAUGGCGAGAACCGGGAAUUUCCGGUUCUGGUACUGUAUUUGUAUAGAAAACCAGUACUGGGAGCACUCCCUAGUGUGGUGUCAUUAGAUUAUCUGAUUUAAAAUGGGUGUGCGGCAAACGCAUUGCGUUUAUCGCAUAAAACAACUGUGCGCAUUAUUGGAGCAUUCCAUGAAAUUGUCUACCGUUGUCCCGUACAAACGCGAAGUUUCUGAAGAUUUAAAGGUGUAAGAGUUUCCUUUUCUAUGACAAAUGGUCAAAAAUAUGCACAGAAAAAUAAUCGCCUGCUUUAAAUGCCGAGAAAAAAGUCGCAACACAGGAAAUAAAAUACGUUUGUACGGGACAGCCCGUGGAAUGCUCCUAUUGUUGAAUUAUAAAUGUAUUGAAAUAAAAAAAAAGUUUUUACAAUAUGUGGUA